GACCGCUGUAACCCAUCUGCUCUCCCCUGACCGCCCCCCCGUGGGCCCCUCCCAGUCUCUGUGUGUCCUGACCCCCUCCCUCUGCCCCCCCCAGUCAGCAGAUUCCUCUGGGCUGGGGGUGUGGUUCUGCCACGUGGAGGGCGCCCCGGUGCGGACCAGCCGGCUGCCGGCCGAACAUGAGCGGCGGGAAGCACGUGCUGGGAGGCGCCCCCGGGAAGAAGCCGGGACCCACGCUCUCCCAGGAGCACGGGCUGCCCGCGCCCCUGCCCAGCCGGCCCAACGUCCAGGCCCAGCCCAGCGCGCAGAGCCGCAACCAGCAGGCGCUGGAGACGCAGGACUGGGUGUGCGAACCGCCCGAGAGCAGGCGCCCCACCCGCCACUGGAGCCUCAGCAUCGAGGAGCGCAGGCAGCGGGCCCUGCAGGACGCCAUGCAGAGCCGCCCCGGCUCCCACAGCGGCCAGGACAUCCUGCAGAUCGUGGCACGACUGGUGUCUGAGGACGUGGACAGGGACGUGCUCAUCUUCCACCCGCCCCGGUCGGCCGAGUCCACCCACGCCUUCCACGCCUUCCUGGCCCGCAGCUCGCCUUUCUGGCACAACAUGACCUCGGCCUGGACCUCCGGGUGCCCGCCCUCCUGAGCCCACCAGGCCUUUGGGGGCCUCCACCCCCCAGGGGCCCGGGCCCGCCUCUGCCCCCUCCGCCCGGCCUACUGCUGGGCUCCCUGGUUCCCUCCGGUGCCCCUGACAUUAAAUGUGUUCCAGGACUGCA